AUGAGUAGCGACACUGUACCAGUAAACACUCCCGCCGACGCGCAAUCCAUUCCGACCAUAUUUGACCCCACGACUUGCACGCGCAAAGGUCUAUGCCCUGUUACGAUCCUUCGGAACGAGGCGGACGAUCCGCUGCAAAGCCAUUCGCUCUACUACGAGCAGCAUGGAACAGGGCCGGAGAAGAUUUUAUUCAUCAUGGGCUUGAACGGCUCGUCCUUCUCGUGGCUUCCGCAGGUAGACUACUUCGGGCGGAAGCCAGAGUACUCGGUGCUUGUAUUUGACAACAGAGGGGUUGGGAACAGCGACGCGCCUCGAGGUCCUUACUCGACAAGCGCAAUGGCCGACGACGUUGUCGCGCUACUAGACUACGUCGGGUGGACCUCCGAGCGUGACAUGCAUGUUGUCGGAGUCUCUCUCGGUGGUAUGAUCGCAUUAGGCAACAAAGCGAACAGUAUGGACAGCGCUACCACCUGUGAGUCGCCGUCACUAUCAAGGUCCAGAAUAUAUCGGACUAAAGCGAGUCAGCUCAAAGGCAGCACGUCGCUCAUCAGCUGGAGACUGCUGACGAUGACUGACCCGGAGACGAAGAUCCCUGUUAUCCUGGAUAUGGUAUUCCCCCAGUCAUGGCUGAACGCUCCGGCGUCAGGCGAUCCUGAGGGCCGGACAAACCGUGAAGUACAAACAGUAGAGUACCGCAAACGCAUAGAGUUGACGCGGCCACAGAAGCCGGUGGGCGCGAUCUCGCAGAUGAUCGCUGGCCUGACACACAGCGUGUCUCCGGAGCGUCUGCGCACGAUCGCUGCGUCGAUUCCGAAGGUGCUGAUCGUGACGGGCGACCAGGAUAACCUCAUCAACCCGAGCAACAGCUUGUAUAUGAAAGAGCACAUGCCGGAGGCAGAGUUGGUACAGUGGAAGAACACGGGUCAUGGCUUUCAAGUGCAGUAUCGAGAUAGGUUCCAUGAGUUGUUGGAACAUUGA